GUUUUGUCGUGUUACAGUAAGACAUCAACUCAACCUAAAUGUGCAAGCAAAGUAAACACAUGGAAUUUGUGACCAGCCCUUUAACGCGUACGCUCCAGCCAAUAAGAAAAGCGUCUGAGGACCACGUGAUUGUUUCAGGAAGAAGUGCAUCCGCUGUCCGCUGCAAGCAUGAUUUUGGACGUGGAUUUACUGACUUAAGAAGAUCUCACGUACUACCCUUAAAGCGCUGAGCAUACAAUGUUAAAAGUGAAAAGAGUUGUUCUGCACUCUCGCCCAGGCAAAAAUGGUCACCCGGUUCCUGGUAAUUUCCGCGUAGAGGAAACUGUAAAAUCCAGUGAACUGAAAGAAGGACAGGUGUUGGUUCGGACACUGUAUCUGUCAGUUGACCCUUACAUGCGUUGUUGCAUGAACGAUGAUACUGGUGCUGACUACCUGUUGCCAUGGAGAUUAGAGGAGCCUGUGGAUGGUGGUGGAGUUGGAAUUGUGGUGGCAAGCAAGAAUGAAGCAUUAUCUGUUGGCAGCAUUGUCACCUCUUUCAGUUGGUCCUGGCAGACUUAUGAUGUGAUGGAUGGAAGUCUUUUACAAAAGGUUAACCCAGAGAUGGUAGAUGGUCACCUAUCAUAUGUUAUGGGAGCAGUGGGUAUGCCUGGUCUUACUGCUCUAUUAGGUGUGAGAGAGAAGGGUCAUGUGAAUCCAGGAACCAAUCAAACAAUGGUUGUCAGUGGAGCAGCUGGUGCUUGUGGGUCGAUUGCUGGACAGAUCGGCAGAUUGGACGGCUGUGAGAGAGUGGUGGGAAUCUGCGGUUCAGACCAGAAAUGCAAGAUCUUGGUGACCGAGUUGGGUUUUACCACAGCUAUUAACUACAAGACUGAAGAUAUCAGCUCAGCUCUGAGGGAACAUUGCCCCAAUGGGAUUGAUAUUUACUUUGAUAAUGUAGGGGGUCCCAUCAGCGACGCUGUUAUAUCACAGAUGAAUACCGGUGGUCAUGUGAUCCUGUGUGGCCAGAUCUCACAGUACAAUAAGGAUGUGCCUUAUCCUCCACCUCUUAGUAAAGAUACCCAAGAUACUUUAUGUCGUAAAAACAUCACAAGGUACAAAACCCUUAAAAGAGGAAAGGAGAGGUUUGUAGUAUUGAACUACAUGGAGAAACAUGAGGAAGGUCUGGUUCAGCUCAGUCACUGGGUAAAGACAGGGCAGAUAAAGGUGCUGGAAACUGUUGUAAAUGGUAUAGAAAACAUGGGAGAUGCUUUUUGCUCCAUGAUGACUGGAGGCAACGUAGGUAAACAGAUUGUCAAAAUUUCAGACUGAGUCAGUCCAUCGGAAGGUGGUGUUUUCCCUGAGCCCUUGGAUACUCAUUGGGCCUAUGAGCAAGGAACUUGGCUGCUCUAAACGCUUGUCCUGUAAUAAGUGUACUGUCGAUUACAGUAAAACCAUAAGUUCAGCGAGUACUAAGGUUACUAAUUAAGCAUUACAAUGUUUUUCUCUUAAAUGUCUAUUUAAUGUUGUCAAUGAAUAGUUUAAAAAAUAUUUUUUACUGCUAAUAAAAAAAUGAAUUAAAAAAAU